GUCUGCUCUCUUAUAAAAGGAAAAAAUGAGUUAUCCCUUUCUCGCAAGAGUCAUAUCAACAGAUUCAACACUCAAAGUAGAGAACUCAUAAGACUGCUAGAUCAUUCUCUCCUCCGGGAAUCUUCAUUCUUCAACUUCAACGAUCAUGAUCUCUGUUGUAAUUAUUGCUGAGCUACUAGUGGAGUACACGACAGCUCUCGCUAAACUCACAGCCGGGAUUCUUCCCCAGCGGCAGCGGCAAGAUGACGACGGAAACUUCAUAAGGAUUGGCAAUUUCUCCAUGUAUUGUCCUCUUAGAUCCUCGCUCUUUCCAGAUUUAUCUUCGCAUCUGGUCGAUUUCUGAUCUUGUCAAUGUGUUUUUCUCUUCUUCUGUUCCUUUGAUCGAGUAGAUGAGUCACAGCCGAGGAUUUUCUAAUUAACUUCUAUUUUAUUUUA